AAGUAUUUAAAUUUUGCAAAUUAUAACCAACUACUCACCUUCACUCACUCUCUAACGAGACACCCAGAAAUAUAGAAAUAAAGGUUUUUCUUAACGGCCCCCUUUCUGUCUUUGCUACAACGUCACGUAAAAUACACCAAUCUAUUUAUCUUUUCUCAAAAGUAAAGCUGCAUUUCUAAUUAGUUACAAAUAUUUUACUUUCUAGUUUCAAUAGAGAAGAAGAAGAUGAUGGCGGUUAAUGAACAAGUGAGAAUAGUAAUCAGAGAAUUCAACGCGAACAAAGAUUGCAGGCAAGUGGAAGAAGUAGAAAGAAGAUGUGAAGUUGGUCCUAGUGGAAAACUCUCUCUUUUCACUGACCUUUUAGGUGAUCCAAUUUGUAGAGUUCGCCAUUCCCCUGCUUAUCUCAUGCUGGUGGCAGAGAUAGUAGUGGGAGAAGAAAGCAGGGGAAUAGUAGGGAUGAUAAGAGGCUGUAUCAAAAGCGUUACGUGUGGAAAGAGAGUGUGGAGGAACAAUCACGAUUUCCCCAAAUUGUCUCAUCAACAACACCUCCCUGUUUUCACUAAACUUGCAUAUAUUUUAGGCCUUCGUGUCUCUCCUCAUCACCGGAGAAAAGGAAUAGGGUUGAAAUUGGUACGGAAGAUGGAAGAAUGGUUCAGAGAAAAUGGCGCUGCAUAUUCAUAUAUAGCUACUGAAAACGAUAACCAUGCUUCUGUGAAACUCUUCACACACAAAUGCGGUUACGCCAAGUUCCGCACUCCAUCCAUUCUGGUGCAACCCGUUUUCGCUCACCGGGUCAAAAUCUCAAAAACCAUAACUAUCUACAAACUCACCCCGACUGAAGCUGAAACUCUGUACCGCCAUAAAUUCUCCACCACAGAGUUCUUCCCAAAAGACAUCGAUUCAAUUCUCAACAAUAAACUCAAUUUAGGUACUUUUGUAGCAGUUCCAAAGGGUACAUUUUCAUGUAUCAACGAGUUCUUAACGAAUCCGCCCGAAUCAUGGGCUGUACUCAGUGUGUGGAACUGUAAGGACGUGUUCAAGCUCGAAGUUCGAGGUGCAUCGAGGAUGAUGAAGGGUUUAGCUAAAACGACCCGUUUAAUGGACCGGGCUUUUCCAUGGCUUAAGGUUCCAUCUGUACCCGAAGUUUUCAGGCCUUUUGGGCUUCAUUUUAUGUAUGGGCUUGGUGGGGAAGGCCCAUUAUCCGUUAAGUUAACUAAGGCCCUUUGUGAUUUGGCCCAUAACUUAGCGGCUGAAUCGGGUUGCGGAGUGGUGGUGACGGAAGUAGCAAGCUGCGAACCGCUUAAGUUAGGAAUUCCUCACUGGAAAAAACUAUCAUGCGCCGAGGACUUAUGGUGUAUAAAACGAUUAGGGGAAGACUACAGUGACGGGUCUGUGGGUGACUGGACUAAAUCACGGCCUGGUCUUUCUAUCUUUGUUGAUCCCAGAGAAUUUUAACUUUUUCGA